GAGCCCAAGCUCAGCAGUAGCUUCUCAGUCUUGGUGUUCAUCCCGGAUGAUGGAUACCUAGGUCACGGGAGCUACCUGUACGGCCCCGACUACUUGGUGGACAGAAAGAUGCUCGUGGUCAUACUCAACUACGGAAUUGGUCCACUUGGCAGUUCUGUGGCACCUGCAACUACGGGCUUAAGGACCAAGUCCAGGCACUUCGAUGGGUUCAGGAAAACAUCGGAGCUUUUGGAGGGAACCCCAACAAAGUCACAAAAAUGGUCACGGUGGAGGUGGGGCCUGCAUCCUGUAUCGCCUCUUGUCACCCUUAAGUAAAGGUCUGUUUCAUCGUGCCAUAUCGCAAAGCGGAAGUGCUUUGAAUCCGAAUACGCUGCCUGCUGCAAAUCCUAUAGAUGCGGCUCGGGAUUUCGGGCACAGAACCAAGUGUCCCAUUGCUGAUGAUACUGCUCUGGUUUCAUGCCUGAGGAAACUUAACCAAAUGGAAUUCGCUAAUAUAACGGUCAUUCAUUUUAUGUAUGCCGGGGAUGGGUUGCCCAACCAUGUUUGUGAGGAAUGUAUCAGUCAGGUGAAUUCAUUUUGUGAUUUCAAAUUGAUGGUUGAAGCUUCAGACUGCAGCUUACGAGAUUUCAUCAGGAGACAGCAGGAUAGACGAAAUGAUCAGGUCAUGUUUAUCAAGGAAGAAGAUGCAUCCAGUGAUGAUAUUUGUACAACUUCUGUUGUCAGAGAAGUUCCAACUGACAAUAUUUUUGAGGAAGUGGAGGAUCCUUUGCUCAUCAAACAAGAACAUGAUCCUGUCAUGGUUGUUGAUGUGGCUAUACAAAAUCUAGCUAAUAAUAGUAGCAACAGUAACAACCACAACCACCAUCACCAACACCACCCUGCAGAAAGGGGUGACGUGAGUGUUGACCAGAAACCAGUUUCAUCAUUCUCCCAUCCGAAUUCAGAUCAUUUGUAUGAAUGUAGCACUUGUACUAGGAAGUUCUCCACUUCCCAUGGUCUGAAGAUCCAUGUCAAAAGUCAUGGAGAAAGGCGUGGCUAUGAAUGUAUGAUUUGCAAUAAGAAGUUCAGUACCUGGCAACAAUUCAGAGGUCACCGCCAUACACAUACAGAAGGACCUGGUUUAGGAUGUCGUCUCUGUAAUAAGAUAUUUAACACCGAAAAGGGUUUGAAAGUACAUUGUUCGAGAUAUCAUGCUUUUGGAAAGCCCUAUGAAUGUAGUGUAUGUAAGAAAACAUAUGACACAGAAAACAGUCUGAAGUUGCACAGCAGAAUUCAUUCUGAAGAACGUUGUCAUAUAUGUCCUGUGUGUAAUGAGACAUUCAGCUCAGGAUUAGGUCUUCGGCUGCAUAGCAGAACACAUACUACCAGAACAACUGAGGUGUCUCAAAGCUCAGAAGGGGAUUCACUAACUCAGCAUAAUAAUGUCACUGUGUCAGACUUUCCAUGUGAAUGCUGCUAUUGCAAGAAGAGAUUCAUGACCAUGAAAGGGCUUAGGGGACAUCAGCGGUGUUGCAAAAGUAAGCCACCUAAUGAAGUAACAAACAUGUCCACAUCUUCUGGACAAGAGCUACCAAAUGAAACUCCAGUGAACCAGGGAUGUCAUAAAUGUCCAUUCUGUAAGAGAACAUUUACAGAAUGGAGAUCCCUUGAUCACCAUUUACUGUCUCAUAAGAGAAUUCCUUGGAAAUGUAUGAAGUGUAUGAAAAGUUUCAGAAGGAGGAUAGGUCUGAAGUGUCAUGAAAGAUUGAAUCCGUCAUGUGUAACUGGCAGUAUAUCAGCAGUAAACCAGGUUGAACUUCAUAAUGAUUCACAAUCGGUCUUCAGAGGAACUUCUGAUGACAGUUCUAGAAAUGAAUCAACACUAAGUGCAGACAGUCUUAAAACAGGAAGCCAGUGCACUGUAUGUAAAUUAUUUUUUAGGAAUGCAAGAGGUUUGAAAACUCACAAAGGCAGAGUUCACAAACAAGAGACACAACAGACAGCAGUUAUUAACAAUUCUGAUACACCUGAUACUGCUGAAGUUAAUGAAGAUCAUCUCAUGCAAGAGUCUGUGAUGCAUACUGUUUACCAGAAGACAUUGAAGAAUGUACGUCAUUUAAGAUCACAUCAGUGGAGAUACUGUAGGGACGAUGAUUCUCAGUUGCCUUCACUUAAUAGUAGUCAGAAACAGGUCAGCGAAGUGACGGGCAGUACAGUACAAGGUGACUGUAAAGAUGGCCAAGUUCAGGCGCAGCAGCAUAACUGUUUAGUUUGUUGUAAGAGCUUUUAUAGUGAAAAGGGUUUACUGAUUCAUAAUAGCAAGUUACACAGAAUAAACUGCUCUGAAAACAGUGCAGGGAACACAUCUGUAGGUACAGUUGGUGUCUGUGAUGAUAAUGGCAAAACAGACAAUCAGUGCCGCAUUUGUGAUAAAAAAUUUGAUAGUAACAGAGCAUUGCUAAUACAUUCUACAAAAAUCCACAAAGUAAGCAGUAUUGAGGAAGUAAUUUCAUUGCAAGAAUCUGAUGAUGAUCUGUCAGGCUAUUAUAAAUGUAAGAUCUGUAAUGAGAAAUACAGGAAAGUAAAGAGUUUCAGACUUCAUUGCACAAGACUGCAACACAUGGUACAGGAGAACGUAGCUCAGCAGGUUGAAGACAACAAUAUCGGGACAUAUGAAUGUCCUGUAUGUAAGAGAAGUUUCUUUUCUGAGCAGAGUUAUAAUCGCCAUAAUUUAAAAGCUCACAAAGGAAGAAUUCCUGAGCGAGCUAUUUCACCUCAAGAAGCUGCUGUGAAUGGACCAUCAGGCUACUAUGAAUGUAAGGUUUGUAAUGCAAAAUACAAGAAAGUAAAAUGUUUCAGGCUUCAUUGCACAAGACUGCAACACAUGGUACAAGAGAAUGUUGCUCAGCAGGCAGAAGACAGCAAUGUUGACACAUAUGACUGUACUUUGUGUAACAGAAAUUACUUCUCUGAGCAUGGAUAUAAUUGUCAUAGGUUAAAGGCUCACAAAGGAAGCAUUGCUGAGGGAGUUCCUUCAUCAGAAGAAGUUGCUGUGGAUGGACUGCUAGGCUGUUAUGAAUGUAAGGUUUGUAAAGCAAAGUACAAGAAAGUGAAGAGUUUCAGACUUCACUGCACAAGACUACAACACAUGGUACAGGAAAAUGUUGCCCAGCAGGCUGAAGACGACAAUGUCGUCACUUAUGACUGCUCUUUAUGUAGCAGAAAUUUCUUUUCUGAGCAUAGUUACAAUCGCCAUAGUUUACAUUCUCAUAAAGGAAGCAUUCCUAAAGGAGUAAUUUCAUCACAAGAAACUGAUAAUGAUGGUCCAUUGGGCUAUUAUGAAUGUAAGGUUUGUAAUGACAAGUACAAGAACGUAAAGAGUUUCAGGCUUCAUUGCACAAGGCUGCAGCACAUGGUACAGGAGAAUGUUGUUCAGCAGGCAGAAGACAACAAUAUUGACACUUACAAAUGUCCUGCAUGUAACAGAACUUUCUUCUCAGAGCAUAGUUAUAAUUGUCAUAGGUUAAGGAAUCAUAAAGGCCUUUUACAUGUAACUAAAGAUACCACAGGAGUACCUUCCUCUACCCCACAAAAUAUCAAGAAUAAUUUGCAGUCUAAUAGUGAAAGUGGCAAUUGCUCCAAGGACUCUUUUUCAUGCAUUUUGUGUCGGAGACGUUUUAAUAGUGCAGCAGGUUUAAAAAUUCAUUGCACUGUACAACACAGUGAUGCCUCUGCAGUGCAGAAACAAAUGCAUGGGGAAAAUCUACAAAUUAGAAAUACACUGUUCAGUCCUCCUUUUAAAUGCUGUAACAUGCUUUUUAUUUCUGAGGAGGGUUUGAAGAUUCAUCAGAGAAAGUACCACAAAGAUUAUCGUUUGAAUGAGGACUCUGUUAGAGGAAGCCAAAUUGUAUGUAUUGGGGGUGGCACUGAAGCAGGUGAUUAUGUGUGUUCCUUCUGUGACAGAACAUUUUUAAGUGAGAAUGAUCUGAGUAUGCAUUAUACAAGAAGCCAUCCAGAAAGACAUUCUGAAGAUAUAGUGAAAAAUGAAAUGCCUCUUAUACAUCAAAGCAGUGAAUUAAAUUUCACUAAUAGCACAGAAAAUCAAUUAUAUGAAUGUUCUUCAUGUGCUAGAUCAUUUUCAUCUGAAAAAGGUCGAAGACUCCACUGUAGGAAGAUGCAUGAAGACAUAAACAUGUUUUGUUCUGAUAUUAAUACUGAUAACCAGUCAGUGAGCCUUGUGAAUAUGAAUGUGGCAUCUACAACAAACAGUGGUCUGUUUCCAUGCUCUCUCUGCAGCAGUGUGUUUAGUAAUGAAAGGAGUCUCAAAAUUCAUAGUACAAAGAACCACAACAUCCAGUUAUUAUAUAACAGAAGUGUUGAAGGUGGUAGUCGUAUGAUCAAUUCUGAAGAGCUUUCUGGCACAUUAUGCAGUGUUUGCAUGAGAACAUUUGGCAGUGAAGAGGCUCUUACAUUGCAUUUCACUAAGAAUCAUGCAGAUUCUCUUAUGAGCAAAGUGAUUAUUCCACCAUUCAACGCCUGGCAGAAUGUUGUGUGUUAGGAGACGACGCUGUGUGCCACUCUGAUGACUGCAUCUUCAUCUCCAGGUCGUAGGCGAACACCAAUGACUCAUCACCAGUGAUGAUCUUUUUGAGAAACGUCGGGUCCUGCGUACGUUUGUCAGAUUGCCAGCAACCAAUCAUGCGACAUUCCAUCUGAUCCGUGGUCAGCUGCCUCAGAACAAACUUCGCACUGACACGUCUCAUCUUCAAAUCAUCGGACAAAAUGGCAUGAAUGGAUCUGUGAGAGAUACCAACUUCAUGCUCCAACUCCGCGAUGGUCAUUCUUCGAUCACAUCGAAUAAGUUGUCGCACUUUUCCAACCAUUUCUUCGGUUCUGGAUGUUGAAGGUCUCCCACUGCGAUGGUCAUCCUCUAAUGUCUCCUGCCCAUUCUUAAACCGGGAAAACCAGUCGUAAACUGCGGAUUUCUUUAGUGAAGUAUCCCUGUAAACUUGCUGCAGGACUGAUAGCGUCUCUGAAGCAGAUUUUCACAAUUUGCACAUGAACUUGAUGUUCGUACGCUGUUUGAACUGCGACAUUGUGCCGCAUGACCAACACUCACGUCUAAUUCGAACGGAACAGUAACUACACUACACACUGAAACCUAUCCAAACCUGUUGCGCCUGCAGGCAGACAUGCUGAGCUCCCCACCACAACAGUAUGUGCCCUCUCUUAUUGCUUGUUCUCCGUCUGCAGUGGAAUUCCAGGAACUUUAUGACUGCCCUACGUAUGUAGGUUGUAGUAUUAAGUUUUCUGAUCUAAAGGAAAAUUUUAUGUAAACAGGUCAUUAAAACUUUCUGAUCUGUAACAAAAUUUAAAUUGCUUGAUAGUUCUUUGUAAAAUUCUCACAUAUCAGAUUUCAUACAAAUCUAUUGGUGGUCCAGUUUUGUCAUGCAUACUGAAUGAGUGACUGACAGAUGGACUGAGCAAACUUAAUAAUUGUCCCAUGGGAUAGCAAACAAUCCUAAAUUAUUAUAGAGUAUUAUUAUGUAAGAUUUGAGAUUAUUAUACUCUAUUAACUAUUUCCAGUCCAUUUAAUACGAGGGUUGUACUGAAAGUCAUGAGCAACAAUUUUUUGUAAAGUAACGUGUGUUAUUAUUGACAAACCAAGUACAC